UAUAAAUCACGGCGUCCUCAGAUAUGGACGUUCAGGAAGCUCUUGAGUUCCAGAAAAGCCGCCACCAUGAUGAAAGUUGUUGGAAUUAUUGCCUUGUGCCUUUUUGCCGUCGCCUUUGCUGACGAUGAAGAAAAGGUGCCCACCGCAUGUGAGGAGGAUCGUGCUCGUCGUCUGAACGCCACCCUGACCGAGAGCAUCCUCCACCUGAUCCCCGAGUGCGACGAGAACGGCGACUAUGCCGCCCUCCAGUGCUUCACCGCCAAUGACUGGUGCGUCUGCUACAGAAGGAACGGCGAGAACAUCAACACCCCCUCCAAGAACAUCAAGGCCUGCGACUGUGUCAGACAAGCUGAUGAUGCCAAGACCGCCGGAGACACCUAUGUGCCCCAGUGUGACAAGAACGGCUACUACAAGGCCAAGCAGUGCGAACGUGAUGAGUGCUGGUGCGUCGACAAGAACGGCAAGGUCCUCACCGAUCCCCAGGUCGGCGAUGUCUCAUGCUAAAUCGCUCGCUCUUGAUUAAUGAUGGAAUUGAAUAAAGAUAUUUAGUAAAAAGUUA